AGGAGGAGAUAACGAAGAAGUUUGACGUGAGGGAAAACAAUCUUUCAUUUCAGAGGGGGAACCGAAAGGACGACUGCGGAAGUGAGGAUUAAAAUCGCGAAUCAACGGAUCCAAUUUUGUAUGUGCCACUGAACUGGAUUUGCAAUUUUGAGUUUUGUAAAUCCUCUGGCAGUCAGUGACGGCAAAAAUCUCAAAUUAUUCUCAGUGUGAGCAAAAUUAGCAUUGCUCAAAGUAAACAUGGGUCUUGGCGGUUGAAUGGACGUGUUCGUCGGCCUUGAAUGGAACUGAAGAACUGUCCGGACCCUUUACGAAGAGGACUUACUAUUGCAUAUGUGGUGUCGUGGCGUCCCUUUUUCAACGCUGUCAGGUUCAAGAAGUGCAGCUGCUAGUUGGUUCGUGGUGGUACCGCUGGUGGCUGUUGUGUUUAGCGGGGACCUGGACGCCCACCCAGUGUGGCGGUUCUUUUUUAUACCGUAGCGAUCUGUUUGAACUAUCGUUAUUCUAAGUGAAAUCCGCAGGUUACAUGCAAAAGGCACUUCAGUUACCCCUUGACACUAGGGUUGGACGCCCAGAAACAGGAGGUAGUCGUGUGUGUUAACAUUCGGAUCAGCGCCUGGUCCGCUAGCUGGAUACAUUUUGGCUCAAUUCAGCCUAAUCAUGCCCGUGCGAAAAAAAGACGCACAGCGAGCUCUCAUGCUCCUUGAAGAAUAUCGGACGAAAUUGAACAAUACAGAGGACAGACAACUGAGACACUCCAUCCAGAGGGUCAUCGACAUCUUCCAGAGUAACCUUUUUCAGGCACUUAUAGAUAUCCAGGAAUUCUACGAAGUGACCUUAUUGGAUCACCAGAAAUGUGUGGAGCCAGUGAAGCCUGUGGAAGUGCUGCCCCCAGUCAACCUGUGGGACUUCCCCAGCUUUCAAAGCACAACGGUGACCUCCGACACCCUACCCAGCAGCCUUAGCACCAGCAUAGAGAAGUACAGGCACCAUGACGAGGACACAUCUCCCCAGGACCAGAGCUCCCCCCAGCUCACGGAGGACGGCCCCGGACCCGAGCUGGUCCAGGUGGCCGAGAAGAACCUCUCCCAGAUCGAGAACGUCCACGGCUACGUGGCGCACGCCCACAUCUCCCCCAUGAAGGUCGAGUCCCUGGAGUGCAUCUUCGACGGCCCCUCGGCCCUCGUCGGGGCCGAGAGAGAAAGCCCCCCGCUGCCCCUCCCCGCCCCGUGCCCCACCAAUCCGGUGGCGCUCCAGCAGACAGAUGCUGUCCCACCCUCCGUUCCCAUAAUCCCUGUGAUCCCAAUCUCGCCCGUCCCUGCGGAGCCCGCCGCUGCCAUCACUCCACCAACGUCACCGCAGGCGAACCCGCCCCCUGUCGUGGUCAACACCGAGAGUCUGGACUCCGCUCCAUACGUGAAUGGGACAGAGGCUGACUAUGAGUAUGAGGAGAUCACGCUGGAGCGGGGCAACUCGGGCCUGGGCUUCAGCAUUGCAGGGGGAACGGAUAACCCCCACAUCGGCGACGACCCCAGCAUCUUCAUCACCAAAGUCAUCCCUGGGGGGGCGGCGGCACAGGAUGGCAGACUUCGGGUGAAUGAUGUGAUCCUGCGGGUGAACGAGGUGGAGGUGCGUGACGUGACCCACAGCAAGGCGGUGGAGGCGCUGAAGGAGGCCGGCUCGCUAGUACGACUAUACGUGCGCAGGAGAAAGUCGGGCAACGACAAGGUGGUGGAGAUCAAGCUGGUCAAAGGACCCAAAGGGCUUGGCUUCAGUAUAGCAGGCGGCGUAGGUAAUCAACACAUCCCAGGGGACAACAGCAUUUACGUCACCAAGAUCAUAGAGGGAGGAGCCGCGCACAAAGAUGGCAGGCUGCAGAUAGGAGACAAGCUUCUGGCUGUGAAUAGCGCCUGUCUAGAGGAGGUGACCCAUGAGCAUGCCGUGACUGCCUUGAAAAACACCCCAGACGUGGUCUACUUGAAAGUGGCAAAACCCAACAGUGUCUUCAUGAACGACAGCUUCGCCCCACCGGACAUCACCAACUCCUAUACCCAACACGUGGAGAACCAUAUCACUUCCCCCAGCUACAUGAGCCAGCCCCUGCCUCCCAUCGCCAGCGGACACUACUCGCCCACCCCUAAGGCCAUGCUGGGGGAUGACGACAUCACCAGGGAGCCCCGGAAGGUGGUGCUGCACCGCGGCUCCACGGGGCUGGGCUUCAACAUCGUGGGCGGAGAGGACGGAGAGGGCAUCUUCAUCUCCUUCAUCCUGGCCGGAGGCCCCGCCGACCUCUGCGGAGAGCUGAGGAAAGGAGACCGCCUGGUGUCUGUAAACGGCGUGAACCUGUGCGACGCCACUCACGAGCAGGCGGCCGCGGCGCUCAAGAACGCCGGGCAGACGGUCACCAUUGUGGCCCACUACAGACCAGAGGAGUACAGCCGCUUCGAGGCCAAGAUCCACGACCUGCGGGAACAGAUGAUGAACAGCAGCAUCAGCUCCGGCUCCGGCUCUCUGCGCACCAAUCAGAAGAGAUCGCUCUACGUCAGAGCGCUGUUCGACUAUGACAAAACCAAGGACUCUGGGCUGCCCAGCCAGGGCCUCAACUUUAAGUUCGGGGACAUCCUCCACGUGGUGAACGCGUCCGACGACGAGUGGUGGCAGGCCCGACAGGUGACCCUGGACGGGGAGGUGGAGGAGCUCGGGGUCAUCCCCAGCAAGAGAAGAGUGGAGAAGAAGGAGAGAGCGCGGUUAAAGACGGUCAAGUUCAACGCCAAGUCACGAGACAAAGGGCAGUCAAUCAAUGACAAGCGUAAAAAGAACCUCUUUUCCCGAAAGUUCCCUUUCUACAAGAACAAGGAGGCGAGCGAGCUGGAAACCAGCGAUGUGGACCACCAUGUCACUUCUAAUGCCAGCGAUAGUGAAAGUAGUUACCGCGGCCAGGAGGAGUAUGUGCUGUCGUACGAGCCAGUCAGUCAACAAGAAGUGAACUACACACGCCCAGUAAUUAUUCUGGGCCCAAUGAAAGACCGCGUCAAUGAUGACCUGAUAUCAGAGUUCCCGGACAAGUUUGGCUCUUGCGUGCCCCAUACGACCCGACCAAAGCGCGACUAUGAGGUGGACGGCAGAGACUACCACUUCGUCAUCUCCAGAGAACAGAUGGAGAAGGACAUCCAGGACCACAAGUUCAUCGAGGCGGGCCAGUACAACAACCACCUGUACGGCACCAGCGUGCAGUCCGUCCGGGAGGUGGCCGAGAAGGGCAAACACUGCAUCCUCGACGUGUCGGGCAAUGCUAUCAAGAGACUGCAGGUGGCGGUGCUCUAUCCCAUCGCUAUCUUCAUCAAACCAAAAUCAGUUGAAAACAUUAUGGAGAUGAACAAGCGGCUGACCGAGGAGCAGGGCAGGAAGACGUUUGAACGAGCCACCAAACUGGAACAGGAAUUCACAGAACACUUCACAGCUAUUGUCCAAGGCGACACGCUGGAGGAGAUCUACGAUCAAGUGAAGCAGAUUAUCGAGGAGCAGUCUGGGCCAUACAUAUGGGUACAGUCCAAGGAGAAGCUGUGAGCGGGGGGCAGUGCGUCACCAUCCCUCUCCCUCCCCCACGCUGUUAUCUCCGUUUAAUUUAUUGAUCACUUUCUUUAGGAGCUGGUCUGCAGGAAACAUCCAGACACCUCAACACCCUCCCACCCCCCCCACCCCCACACUGGCUCACACACACACACACACACACACACACACAUACACACAGAGACACACACUAGCCCGUCCCUUCUGAGGUGACCUUGACCUCAGUUCAGUGCCCCCCACCCCUGACAGUACAUUAGGUCUGUCAACAGAUGCCACGCCCCUGUAUUCCAUGAUCACUGCUACCUGUUUGUAGAAAGGAGGGGGGAGAGGAAGGCAGACCAGCAGCGACAACGAGAGGGCUUUAUGUUUUCCUUUUUUUUUUUUUUUUCAAACGGUACUGUUCCUUAAUGUUUAAGGAAGUUUCUAGGAAGUAAAUGGUCAGUUGUAUUUUGGAAAACACAAAAGGAUGGAAAAGAAAAUACCAUUUAACUUUUUUUUCUUCUUUUUUUAAAUUGGUGGAUGGAAGUGAAGUCUCAGGCAUUGGGUCAUACAGAAUAGAAGUUUGAAACUAAAACAUCAUACAUACACAUGCACACACGCGAGCACACACACACACACCUUCAGAAAUACACAGAGCAAAACUUUGCACGUUAUAGCUUUAAGAGCAUGUCUGUUUGACCUUUUGAUCUUUGUUGUCUGUUUUACCAUUGUAAUCCCUUGAGUUUCAGCACAUUUACCAGUUGUUUCUUUCUUUUUUCUUUAUAACACUUGUAUUCACAUACUCAUAUUUGCUCCUUAUGAAGGUAUCUGUGUAAGGAAGCAAUUGUGUUUUAUUUUUCACAUACUACUGUACAGUGAUAACAAAUAAGUACAGUGUAUGUUAGAAUGUUUCUCAGUUGGUUUUUCUAAAGCUUUGAUCAGUGUCUUACAUUACUCUAUACUUACGUCGAUACUUUUUGUUCAAGUUACAUUUAGGAACAUAAUACAUCUGCAUAAGUAAGGAACUGCCAUUUUUAAAAAGGAUGUCCCAAGUUUCACGGGCGGAUAGUUCUAGUACAUUGAAAGAAUUUAUUGUACAAUGAGAUUUUAACAGAUAUUUAGCCCUCCAUAAACUGCCUAUUUUGUUAUAAUGAAAGUCUAUAUUGAGAUUUAUGUAAGCACUACUACGAUGGGAAUUAUUUUCUCUACAUUGUAAAACCUAUAAUCAAGGAAAAUAAUUAAAUAUCUUUAAAUAUGAAUAUAUUUUUUUCCUUUUACCACCUACUUCUUUUUGUCAUUUAUUUUCCCUCUUUUUAAGUGUACUAAAAACAAACAGGAAAAUUGAAACAAAAAAAAAAAAAGGUAGGAAGGUUCCUGUUUGAAAGCAUGUCAUGGAGACUCGUGGUACAGUAACUCAGUAUGGGGUAGAAAGCAGUCACACAUAGCGCUACUCUGGCAGCUAGUUCUCCUCCUCUCUGGCUCCGUCUCAGAUCCUGUGAAUCACCCACGGUACAGCUAUAUGUCCUUCCCGUGUGCAAGAAAGCAAAUGAAAGACAAGAUUUUUUUUUUCACCCGUCUGCGCUCCUACCCAUUGCAAAACCAUCUUUAUACAUGGGCGAGUUCAGCUGUUGGAUUUUUUUUUCUUUUCCUCGGAAAAGCUGUUGUUUCCUGUGGUGGGAGGUGAUGCUGGUUCUUCUUCAUGUAAGCUGGAAAUUCAAAGACUUGUUUUCAUUUCUUUUCUUCCUUGCAUUUUUUUUGUUUUUGUUUUUGUUUUGUAAACCGUCCAGCGGAGGAGGCCCAGCCGGGUCUUCUCAGAGAUGAUUGUUUUCUAUACUAAGACUGCCUCUUCUACCACCUCACCUCCACUUUCUAGGGACACUUUGGGACUGGAACAUGUAAAUAACCUACUGAUCUAAUUCAUUCCAUUGAUCAAAAAGAGGAGAACAGCUAAUUCAACAAAUAAAAAAAAAUCUUUCUCAUACA